AUGAUCAACUAUUUGCUAUUUAUUCUAUUAGUAAUAGUAUACCUAUAUGCAGAAGUUCAUGCAGGCAGUGGUGCUGUCUGUUUUUUAACUACUCGGCCAGCGUUAGAGACACUUGAUUUUGCUCAAGAACUUGCUCAAGAUGCAACAGAAUAUGGUGUUGAUGUAUUCAUUAUGAUUGAUGAUAAUAAUUUCAAUAUAUCAAACAUAAAAACUUCAACCAAUCUUCGAUUAUUACAAAUUUCGAAUCAGCAAUGUAUUUAUUAUGGUUAUCAAAAUGCUAUUAGCUUAAAAUCUGGAUGGCGCGAAGUAACAUCAUGGGACAAAGCUCUUCUCUAUUUUUCUCUACUGAAUAGCAACUACACAUUUGUUUGGUUAGUUGAACAUGAUGUUUUUAUUCCAAGUACAAAAGCAUUUCUUACGUUACAUCAACUUUAUUCGAAUACUAGCGAUCUCAUUGUGGCACGUAAUGAAAUUAAUUUGCUAGGUGAUGCCUCAACGUGGUUAUGGUCAAAAGCCAUUGGAAAACUUGUUCCACCUUGGUAUUGCUCAAUGGUUAAUGUAGUAGGAUUAAGUAGAUCCAUGUUGAUAGCUAUCGAUGAUCAUGUUCACUGGUUAGGUGUAGUACCAUUUCAUGAAUUUUUCUUCAAUACAUUAGCUAUGCAUUUAAACAUGACCAUAGUUACGCCAAUUGAACUGAAUACUAUUAAUUUUCAAGUAGAUUAUUCUUUCGAACAAGUAUUGAAACAAUCUAAUAACUUAUGGCAUCCAUUGAAAAGUCUGACCGAGCAAAAAUCGUGGCGUCAAACUUUGCUGAAUCAAAGUUUAGAAAAAAAUACUACAAAUGAGUUUAUUGAUUUUGAAACUUUAUUUCAUCAUAAUCAAACUAUGAUAAAUAUCGAAAACUAUUUAACAAAUCUACUUACGAAAUUCGAAAUAAGUAAAAGUCAAUUUUCAUCAGCUAGUCGCAUUUCGUUACGUCAACGUUUCUGUGAUAUCGCUAAAGAAUAUCAACAACGAAAUGUUUCCAAAAACGUGACAUCAAUAAUAAUGAAACUUGCUGAUCAUGCUUAUAAAUUGCCGGAACUACGAAUGGACAAUUUCGUGACAAGUAAAAGUAAAAAUCAUUUGAGAUUGGAACAAGCAUUGAAAGAAAAUAGAAAAACUAUUUUUCGAUCACUGUCGAAUUCUUUUACUAUGGCUGAACUCAGAAAUGAAACAAAUAAUUUAAUGACUGAACUAAGAUCGGAAAUACAACGAGAAUUCAAACAACAACAGGAGCGUCAAAACCACACUGCAUCGCCUUCAUCAUCAUCAUCAUCAUUUUCUUCUUCUGCCUGGUCUUUUAUUAUCACUUCUAGUGGUGCAUUGAGUUCUACUCGUAUAAUUUCUUCAACUGAACUGACAAAAUUGAAAAUAAAUAGAACUUUUUAUAUGCUAAAGAAAAAAAAUACUAAUCAAAUAUUUGAUCCUAUAGAUGAUAACUCGAAAAUAUUCUUUGUCAUAUUGUUCAGUUUUUGCAUAUUAUUUGUAUUAUUCAAAUGGGAAAAAAUACAAACUUAG